CGUCACUCGGGUCCCGUCGACAGAGCUGAUUCUCCGCUGUCGUCGUCUCCCUCGUCCUCCUCUCCGUGUUGUUGUUCUCGGUGACGCGACGGAGGUGUAGCCUGACGCGGUCUCUUACGUGUCGGUCUGAAUAAAAGUGGAGCUCCGUAGACCCGGGAGUGACGAAGCGAGUCUGUGUUGAUUUUAAAUGACAAUGGAGGCUGGUUCAGACACGCAGCAAAGUGGUGAACAAGUCGUCUCGGAGUCCGAGGCACAGCAAAUCACCUUGACCCAGGCGUCCAUAGCAGCUGGCCAGCUGACGACCAGUGGUUCCACCGUCACCCUCGUGCAGCUACCUAAUGGUCAGACGGUCCAGGUGCACGGCGUGAUCCAAGCUGCUCAGCCCUCCGUUAUCCAGUCCCCCCAAGUCCAGACAAUACAGAUUUCAACUAUUGCUGAGAGUGAGGAUUCUCAGGAGUCCGUAGACAGUGUGACAGAUUGUCAGAAGAGGCGAGAGAUCCUGUCCAGACGACCUUCUUAUAGAAAGAUUCUGAACGAUUUGUCGUCGGAUGUUCAAGCAGUGCCUCGAAUUGAGGAAGAAAAAUCAGAAGACGACUCGGCCCCUGCCAUCACCACCGUCACCAUGCCCACUCCCAUCUAUCAGACUAGUAGCGGCCAGUACAUUGCCAUCACCCAGGGAGGGGCCAUCCAGCUAGCCAAUAACGGCACAGAUGGCAUGCAGGGCCUGCAGACGCUGACCAUGGCCAAUGCGGGCCAGGGUGGUGCCACCAUCCUGCAGUACGCGCAGACCACCGACGGGCAGCAGAUCCUAGUGCCCAGCAACCAGGUGGUUGUACAAGCCGCCUCCGGUGACGUCCAGGCCUAUCAGAUCCGUACAGCCCCCACCAACGCCAUCACUUCCGGGGUGGUCAUGGCGACUUCGCCUGCACUGGGCUCCGGAGGAGGAGGCACUGAGGAGGUCACGCGCAAAAGGGAGGUCCGACUUAUGAAAAACAGGGAGGCAGCCCGCGAGUGUCGCAGGAAGAAGAAGGAGUACGUCAAGUGUCUGGAGAACCGCGUGGCUGUGCUGGAGAACCAGAACAAAACCCUCAUCGAGGAACUCAAAGCCCUCAAAGACUUGUACUGCCACAAAUCUGAGUAGAAACGAUGCCAACCGCCUACCAGUUGGCUACACCGGGGCCCGUCGGUCCCCAUGUACAGAGACUCAGCACAGAGCCGUGCAUCUGGAUGCCACUCCCCCUUUUUCUACUCUUUGGCUUUCUUUUUAAAAAAACUGCUGACAAAUCUGUAAAGUGACUCACCAGGAAUAUAACCCCCCCCCCCCCCCCCCCCCCCCGCCCCACUUCUGCGGUUAUGAAAUGGUAAUUCUGUUCCCUAUGAAAGGUGACGCAAUGCUCAGAGCGGAGGUGGAGGACAGGGUCCUGGUGGUGAAGCAAUGGAAUAGACCACGAGGCCUUUCUGUGGGGGCUGGGGGGGGGGGGGUUUGCCGCCACCAUCACCAAAGGGAAGCAGUCCAGUCACUGGUGCCUGGACAAACUGGGCGGCGUCACCAGCAACUGGGAACUGCUCAACUCGCACCACCAAUAACGCCGGGACUUUUUACAGCGUGAUCUCCACAAGACACUUGGAUCUCUUGGAGAGGUUUCCUUUUGUGUGCAUUGUUUGUAAUUGUACUUGCGCUGUUGCAUUAACAUCUGUUACUUACUAAUGCUUUGAACUGUAGAUGGACCGUGUCAUGGACAUUUUUUAUCUUUUAGCUGUGUUUUUGUUUUAUGUAUUGGAUUAUCUGCUUGCAUAAUGCCAUUGACCUUUUUUAUUUUUACUUUAAUUUACUCUGCCUUGAUACAACAACAACAAACUCAAGCUAGCCAGUAUGUUAAGUUGUAAAAACGGUUUGUUAAACGCAGCUUUAAAGAGAGGCCGAAUUCAUAAUCUCUCACGUGAAACAUUUAUGGUGUUUGUAUUCUGAUGCAUGUUCCUGGUCAUAUGAUUGAGGCUCGUUGUUUUUGUUUAUUCAUUUCCACCAGUUUAAACUGGGAUUUUGUCUACCGGGUAGUUUGAUACUUCAUUCAUAACGUUGACAUUCAAUCACCAUUUGUUUUGAUGUCUAUUCAUUGUAAACCUGGUCUAUCUGCACAGUUGCAGAUAAAGAUUGCUCCACUAUUAAUAUCUGUAUUCUAGGAUUGGUAGAAUUGAAGUUCCAGUGGUGGCGGUGUGGGACCGCAAUCUAAUCUAACGGCACCAUAACAUGCAUUUGUUCCCUUUUAAAAAGGGAGGCGGGGAUUCAAAGCUUUAUCUUUAGCCUCAAUGGAAGCUUCAAAUUUGAAAAGAACGUCUGUGGCAUAAUAUGCCUUCUGAAUCAAGUUAUUUGGAAAAUGUGAUUAAAUGCGGCUCAUGCAACAGACAAUGUAAACCAAAAAAAAAAAGAUUGGUUACGCUACAGAAAAGGAAAGAAAAAAAAGAUUUCCACUCACAUUUUUGUAUUGUGGAUUUUUCAAUCCAUUUUUAAAAAAAUAAAUUGUAUUAAUGCCUU